GUCACUAAUGAAAAUGAAAAAGAACAAUAACUUUCCACUAGCCAAUAUUUUGUUCAAUUUUCUCAUCACCAUGGUACCAUAUUCAUGUCUAGGGCAAAACUCUCGACAAGACUACAUCAACGUUCACAACGCUGCCCGAGCCAAGGUAGGAGUCGGGCCCAUAAUGUGGAGCGAAAAGGUGGCGAGUUUUGCCCGUAACUAUGCCAGGCAAAGGGUUGGGGACUGCAACCUUAUCCACUCUACUAAUAGGCCAUACGGUGAGAAUCUUGCCAAGGGCGGCGAAGAUUUCACCGGUAGUGCGGCCGUGGAUUUGUGGGUCAAGGAACGACCUAACUAUAUUCAUACCUCCAACUCUUGUGUUGGUGGGCAGUGUCUCCACUAUACACAAGUGGUUUGGCGCAAUUCAACACAUGUCGGUUGCGCUAGAGUUCGAUGCAACGAUGGUUGGUGGUUCAUCUCUUGCAACUAUGAUCCUCCAGGGAACUAUAUUGGCCAACGUCCUUAUUAAAUGAAUUUGUGGAGUAGCUUUUUCUUGCUUUGUUUCAUUUUCAACGCUGAUUUCUAGUUUGAGCUCAUGACAUGCAUUUUAUUGCUUAAUUUGUGUGUUAAAAUAAGGUUUGUGUUAAUGUGUACCUUAUAAAAUUAGGACAUAU